UGUUGACCCCAGUGGAGUUCCUAGUUUCCGGAAGAAAAAUUGUGGGGUAGUUUUGUUGUAGUACUGAACAACUGCUGUAAAAAUGUUCAGUCAGUUUCAUGUGUUUACAGUUAAUAGUCUUUUAUAGUCUUUGUGUUUAUGUUGACUUUGUUUAUAAUGACGCGACAGUGAUACGUGUUGCUGUUGUUUGUUUUUGUUAGCUUAGCUGAAGCUAACACUAGUUGUCCAGUUCUUGUUUACAAUUUUUUUCCCCAAAAAUGUACACUUUGUUAUCUGGAUUGUACAAGUACAUGUUCCAAAAGGAUGAGUACUGCGUGUUAAUCCUGGGUCUGGAUAAUGCAGGAAAAACGACCUUUCUGGAGCAGACCAAGACCAGGUUCAGUAAGAACUACAAAGGAAUGAGUUUAUCAAAGAUCACAACAACAGUCGGUCUGAACAUUGGAACCAUCGACGUGGGCAAGGCUCGCCUCAUGUUCUGGGACCUGGGAGGUCAGGAUGAGCUCCAGUCUCUAUGGGACAAAUAUUACGCUGAGUCCCAUGGAGUCAUCUAUGUGAUCGAUUCAACUGAUGAAGAGCGUCUGUCAGAAUCAAAGGAGGCCUUUGAGAAGAUGAUCAGCAGCGAGGCGUUAGAAGGUGUUCCACUUCUGGUUCUGGCCAACAAGCAAGAUGUGCUGCCCGAUCCAACAGGUUGUGUCCUUGUCGUCCAUCUUUAACCUGCGAAAAGUCAACAUGCAGUCAAACACGACUGCUGGUGUCCAAAUUUCAUGAAGUUACUGUUUUCUUCAGUUCUGUUUGGAAGKGGUUCUGCUUUGUGAGGGGUCACAUAGUAUCAGUUAAUAUUCAGACCUGCAGACAUUACCUUUUGAAGUGAAGAAGAUUUUAUUUUUCUUUGUUUUUCUGAGCAUAUUAACAGAAUUAGCUGAGUCACUACAGAUGUUUGUGUACUGUGAUCUAAAACCUGUAAAUAGUUGUAUUUCUGUACAAAYAGUCAGAUAAACUGUUGGGUGAUUAAUUUAAUAAACUCCUCUUUUCAGAUUUGAGCCUGAGGCUGCAGGACCUCAUCUGUUGUGGAGACAAACAGAACUCAAGUCAACACUUUGAAUUUUCCUCUGCAUUAGUUUAUCAUCAGAUAGUUUUUAUACUAGUUUCAUUUGAUGUUUCAUACUGAUGACAGAUGUCAGACUGACUCCAUCUCCAGUGUUUAUAGAGCAGGUUUUUAUGUAAAGAACAUUUUAUAAAGGUAAAAUAACUGAUCAGCAGUGAUCGUCAGCUUGUGGGCCAAGAGGUCAGGGUGGGCAUCACACUACAAUUUGUUGAAGGAUGAAACAUGAAAUAAAAAAUAACUCCAGUGUGUAAAAUA